AUCAAAUUUGAACCUUAAAUCGGAAUACUAAAGUUGAAAUUCUAUUGGCGCGUAUGUGGUCGAUAAAUCGUACUAUGCCUGGAAAAGGGAUAACAACCCUCGAAGACGCUCAACGGACCAUUCGAGGACCUUAUAACAAAUGACAUAAGGUCUGUUAUCGGGACCCGGCAUUCUAUAAAUUCUAUUAAAAACGCCCAUAACCUAAAUCCAAACCAACGCGUUGUUGACAUCGCAAGACAUCUAUGCGAGCGUCGAGUCUUGGUAAAAAUGUUUACAUCUGUGUUUGUUUAUAAAAAAUCUCAAGACAGUUUUUGUUAGCGAAUGUCCAAGCAUGAACAAGUUUGAUGUAUCAUUAGUCGUGAGCGCGGAGCAGCGCGAUACUCCCGUCUCGUGUCUUGAAUUAUAAAUUUGUUUGUGUUAUUUGUGUAACAGUCUUAGCGGCGGAAUGUCUAGCUACGCUCCAUACACCACUGCGGCAGCCGUGACGGCCGGCGUGCUCGGCAGCGCGUACUGCGCCUACCACAUCUACCAGCGUAGCAAGCCCAGGAUACCCACCGAAUGGACGCAAGUCGGCACGCUACAGAAGAUCUACACGUAUCCGAUCAAGUCAUGCGGCCCUGUUGUGUUGGAGACUGGGGAGUGCUCGACGUUGGGGCUGAAGGACGGGUGGUUGAGAGAUAGAGUCCUGAUGGUGAUAGACGAGAAGGACAACUUCAUCACAGCCCGAGCGUAUCCAGAAAUGCUCCUAGUGUCACCGUGUGUGCGCAGCUCCGUGCUCACCCUCACACACAAACAUGACAAGCAGAUCCCACCCGUGCACGUCAACUUGGCAGAGGUGAUCGCGCUACAGAAGCCUAUCGAAGCCAAGGUGUGGGCAGUGCCAGUGCCCGUCUUUGAUUGCGGCAAGGAAGUCUCGGAAUGGUUUAACAACCUCCUGGGCCGCCCGUCGAGUACUUUCCGCCUAGUGUACUAUGCCACCCAGCAACCUCGGCUGCUGAGGAGCAGCACCAACAGAAUCUACAAGUUUACUAAGAAUGAUACGGGCGCACUCCCAGACGAAACUCCGUUCAACUUGAUAAACGAGGCGUCAGUAGACGAUCUGAACACACGCCUGCAACUUACAGACCGCGUGUCGCACCGCUCGUUCCGACCUAACUUCAUACUGCAAGGGGCGCUGCCGUACGCUGAAGACAACUGGAAGUUCCUUAAGAUAGGGAACGUCGUGUUUGAGAUCUUGAAGCCGUGCACCAGAUGUGUACUGACAACUAUCGAUCCAGAGACAGGCGUCCGUAAUCCGAACACAGAGCCGUUAGAAACUUUGAAAAGCUACCGUCAAAUCGAGGACCCCGAAGUGCGCCGCUCGGCCGGCAACUCCCCGCGCAUGGGGCUGCAGUUGACGCUGCGCUCGGCGCCCGGCCAGUGGGUCACGCUCGACGACCCCAUCUACGUCGCGUGAAUGUGGUCGUGCAGGGGGCCUACCGCGAACACCAACGUUCGCAAAAUGCGCCCAUCUUUCUGUCACUCUAAUUACUCCUUAAUUGGAGUAAAAGAGAAAGAUGCCCGCAAUUUGAAUAGAUUUUCCUAAGGGAGCGUGCCCGUACUGUACGUUGGAACGCCUGUUUAUUGCAGCUAACGGUGUAGGCCAUGAGGAGGCUGCUCCAACGCGCACGAUUCUUUCUUAUAAUGUCAUUUGAGAGGUUUGAAAGAAAUGAUUUUUUUUUUGAUACGGUGGAAUGGUAACUUUUUGAAAAAAAAAACAAGUUUUAUUUAUCCUUACUGUCCCAUUUCUAAUUAAACGCAUAUCCUCUUUUUCUCCGCUAUAAUCUCUUGUACCAGCUCAGCUGGUUUCAUACCUAUUUCUACCAUUUUGUGUGCACGAAACUCGAUAUUGUAUUAUACAUUCGUUCUACAUUUUUAUAUCUUAAUUAAAACUUUUUUUGUUGUAUCUAAUGUAAUCAUUCCAGUGUAUAUUUUGUAUUUUUUAUGAAUAUUCAAUAUUCAUAAUGAUUAUACAAGCUAAGUCUGAAGUUUGAUUUAAUGGAAUGAGUUUUUUAUCCUGAACAAGUAUCUUACGAAUAUUGCAUAAAAGUUUAUUUCUUUG